GCGGGUUGGACUAGAUGACCCUUGUGGUCCCUUCCGACUACAAUUCUAUGAUUCUAUUGAUAUAUUACCAUACCAUAUGCAUCGUUCUGCUUUCUUGAAUUGUCCUACUCCUAGGCAUAGCAGCCAACUCCUAGAGGCCUAGGUGCCUCUCUUCCCCCCCCCCCAAAUUACUGGUAAAUACCGUAUUUGAAAGAGUCAUCCCCCCAUGUUGAUGGGCUUUCUAUGUGGGGCUUAUCUGCCCCCCCCCCGUAUUUUAUUAAGGAUGGAAGAGGGAGGGAAGGAAGGAAGGAAGAAAUAGAGAGAGGGAUAACUCAUAUUUGUGGGUGUCUCUGGAUGACGCUGUGAUGCUGGAACUUGUAAGCAGCUUUCUCUCUGCUUGAUUUACAGCAGGCACGUCCAGCAGGUAGAUUGUGAUCUACCAGUAGAUCACUGGAUGUCUGUGGUACAUCACUGGUAGGUCACUGGCACCCCUAAAAAAAGCUCACCCAAAAUUUUCCUCCUCCCUCAAAAAAGUUGAACUAUGACCUGAAGCCCUAAACAAAAAUGGGCCUCCCUCCCUCCUGAAAGAAGCUCAACAAGUUUGACCUAAACCCCAAAAUACAGGGCUUCCCUUCCUUUAAAAAAAACUCAGCAGCUUUGACCUGAACCCCCCAAAAGGGGGUAGAUCACCCCCAGUUUUAAACUCUGAGUAGAUCAGAGUCUCUUGGGAGGUGGCCACCCCUGAUUUACAGUAUACAGAUGCAGGAGGAGGGGCAGACUGGAACACCAAUGCUUUUUAUAAACAUCACUGUGUCUGUCAAAGCUACAGCCUCCCCCCUUUCUUAUUCACUUCUUUUUAGCCUUGCAGAGCCACCUUAGUCAAAUUGAAUCCUCUACCGUAAGUCUGCACCCUCAUUAAAUCGCCAAUAGAACUCUUAAUGCUCCUGAAUGCUCAUUAACAACUCCCACUUAAGAACAAUAGGGUGAAAUGGUCAGCUAUCGAAUCUUGCCUGGGGAUAUAUGCUCCAUUGUCUUAACUGCUUAACUACUGGUAGCCACUUUGCUUUAUUUAUUUGAUGUGUUUUUGUUACUGCUGUGUCCCGUUCCCCCCCCCAGCAAGUGGAGACUUAGCUGCUCUUGCUAAAGCAAAGCCCUUUCCACUUCAGUUUUUGGAGGGGAAAAGUGCUGGUUAUGGUCUGUAAAAUACAUUAAUUUUUUUGCUUCUAGGGGGGGCAGCUGCAGGAUCUUACCACUUGAGCCCAUGCUGCAGGAUCUUACCACUUGAGUCAUGGCAAAGAAUCCUGGGAGUUGUGGUUUGUUAAGGGUGCCGAGAGUUGUUAUGAGACCCCUAACCCCUUCACAGAGCUGAAGAGCUUUUGGAAAAUAAAGGUCAUCUGUUAAACCACUGCGGAAAUUGCUGUUUAAGGGGCGGCCUAAUAACUCCAAGCACCCUUAACAAACUACAGCUCCCAUGAGUCUUUGUGGAAGUAGUGAAGUGGUAUCAUGGAAUUGUAUGGAAGGGACCACGAGGAUCAUCUAGUCCAACCCCCUGCAAUGGCCCAACUUGUGACCCUGAGUGGUAUGAUAUUUUAUUUAUUUAUUUAUUUUGCCACUUUGGCCUCAUGACCUGCCAGCCCCUGGCUUGGCUAUCCAUAACAUAGCUGUCAAGUUCUCCCUUUUUGAAAAAGAGAAAUUCCCUUAUGCUGAAUAGGCUUCCUCGCGAGAAAAGGGAAAACUUGACAGCUAUGAUCCAUAAGGGAAUAUGGCCCCCAGGGUGAAAUAAAGUUCCCCACCCCUGCAUUAAAAGGUAAAGGGUAAAGGGACCCCUGACUAUUAGGUCCAGUCGUGACCGACUCUGGGGUUGCGCGCUCAUCUCGCAUUAUUGGCCGAGGGAGCCGGCCUAUAGCUUCCAGGUCAUGUGGCCAGCAUGACAAAGCCACUUCUGGCAAACCAGAGCAGCACAUGGAAACACCGUUUACCUUCCCGCCGGAGUGGUCCCUAUUUAUCUACUUGCACUUUGAUGUGCUUUCGAACUGCUAGGUUGGCAGGAGCUGGGACCAAGCAACGGGAGCUCACUCCGUCACAGGGAUUCGAACCGCUGAUCUUCUGAUCAGCAAGCCCUAGGCUCAGUGGUUUAACCCACAGCGCCCUGCAUUACGGGAGCUUUAAUUCUGCUUCUGCCUUUGGCGGUAUCGGAAAAGGGAAAUAAAAACGGAAGAGAAAACAAAGAAAAUCGGAACCUGCAACAUACAGGAAACUGGUUAGGCCAAUGUGUGCCUCUGAGCAGAAAUCUGUGUUUGUGGAAGCCCUUGAGCAUUAUACUUGAGCUUUGGUGGGUGCCCUCAAGCGGGUUAACCAAACAGACUGAGGGUAGGUAACUGAUACCCCGAGGUCACAGGUAAACAUGCAGAGACUGUACACAGAGCUGAUUCACCUGACUGGCAGGGAGGCAACUAUGGCCACGCCCAACCGGACAAGGUUUCAGGUUCCAAUUUCAUUGUUUUGUUUGCUCCAUGCACACACCUGAUGGCUCAGGCUGAGGGCAGACGUGUGGAGUCCGCAUGGGUUGCCGAACUUACCUCUUCCCCUGGUUCUUUCCCUUCGUUUUCUUGCCGUUAACGGAAACAAACAAAAAUCUGCCAGCCUUUUUUAAAAAUUUAUUUUCACGCAAGCGACAGAACAAUAACUUGCCGGGUCUCCUCGAAAGGCUUAAUUUGUUGGAAACAGAUUGCAAAUGAAUGAAAGCUGUGCAAAUAAGUCUACAAAAGUUGCUAGUCUGCGAAACAACAACAACAACCAACAAACACUAGCCAGCCGGCUUACCCACACAUCCCUCCUCCUAGUUAUUUGUGACAUAUUGCCGGUGCCUGGAAACUUUCCCGACGUGCAGCGAUGUGGCAACACAUCCUCCCGUUUAAUGAGCUUCCAGACUACACUGAUAUAAACAAACAUAUAUGCAGAUAAUUUGGCAAAAACACGUCUACAGUGCUUAGGGGCAAACAGCCUUCUACUUUCUGAAGGAGAGAUAACCAUCUCUCCUCCGUUUAGUGCCAGGAAAUCUGAUUGUUAAAUUCCUUUUUGCUGUGUAAAGGAUCACCUAUUCACAGUCACACUGCGUACAGUGGGAUUAAGAGAGAUGUUUGAGCUUAGCCUCCAGCUCUGCUUGGCAAAGUACUUGACCUCUUCAAGUCACAAUAUGCUUUUGAUUUUUUUGAUCUCUUUAAGCAUCAUGGUAUGCAUUUCUGCUUUGCCCUCGUAAGGACCUGGCAGCUGCCUUACAUUCUCUGCUAGCUUCCUGGUUCGAAUUUUUUUUGCAAUGCACUGUGUGUGUGUGUGUGCGCGCGCGCGCCUUUCAAGACUGCCUUACUUGAACUGCUCAGUUGUUCCAAAAGUGCAGCUUCCUGCCAGUUGGCUGAGUCAGCUGCAUAGAGCAUAUUAUACCUGUAAGUUUUUUACCGGUUGCCUCUCAGUUUUCAAACACCGUUCAAGAUGCCCUAAAGGUAAAGGUACCCCUGACCGUUAGGUCCAGUCACGGACGACUAAGGGGUAGCGGCGCUCAUCUCGCUCUACAGGUUGAGGGAGCCGGCGUUUGUCUGCAGACAGCUUCCGGGUCAUGUGGCCAGCAUGAAAAAGCCGCUUCUGGUGCACCAGAGCAGCACAUGGAAAUGCCGUUUACCUUCCCGCUGGAGUGGUACCUAUUUAUCUACUUGCACUUUGGCGUGCUUUCAAACUGCUAGGUUGGCAGGAGCUGGGACCGAACAACGGGAGCUGGCCCCGUUGCGGGGAUUUGAACCGCCGACCUUCUGAUAGGCAAGCCCUAGGCUCUGUGGUUUAGACCACAGCGCCACCCGCCUCCUUUAAAAACCCUAGAAUCAUAGAAUUGUUGGACGGGAUCCUGAGGGUCAUCUGGUCCAACCCCCUGCAACGCAGCAAUCUCAACUAAAGCACCAUCAUCAUCAUCAUCAUCAUCAUUUAUUUAUUUCUCGCCCAUCUGGCUGGGUUUCCCCAGCCACUCUGGGCGGCCCCCAACAGAAUAUUAAAAACAUGAUAAAACAUCAAACAUUAAAAACUUCCCUAAACAGGGCUGCCUUCAGACAUCUUCUAAAAUAGAGUCACCUUAGGCUUGGGAGCAAAAUACGACCCUCCAGGCCAGCGUUUCUCAACCGCUGUUCCGCGGCACACUAGUGUGCCGCGAGACGCUGGCUGGUGUGCUGCGACGUGCGGUGACGAGAAGGGCGAUUUGCAUUGUCACAUGCCUGGCGGCCGCCAAUAAUAACCACUGGCCCGCUGAAAAGGAAGCCGGCCGGGUCACGAUGCGGGGCGAGCGCAGCUCUCAACAGCCACCACCACGGGAGGGUGGUUUUAGACAAACUUAAAGAAGCUGACUGGAUGAGCUCAACCUGAAACUUGCUGAGCAAAGGGUUGUGCUGGCAGAGAAAUCAGCGGCUUGUGAAGCCUUAUUACAGGAGAUUGCAACCAACACAGCAAUUGGCAAGUGUUUCUUACAGUCAUAAUUAUAUAGUCAAUAUAGGGCGGCACAGAGUUAAAUUUUUUAAAUUUUUUAAUGGUGGUGUGCCUCGUGAUUUUUUUUCAUGGAACAAGUGUGCCUUGGCCCAAAAAAGGUUGAGAAACACUGCUCCAGGCUACGCCCUUCGCCAGCAUCCUCUUCCUGCUCCCCACUAGCAGGACCAGCGGACAGGGAUGAUGGGAGUUGUAGUCCAACAACAGCUAGGGACUCGAGGUUGAGAAAAACUGCCAUAAAACCUUCUUAACAACUCCAUAUGCUCAGUUCAUCAGGUGAGUCCUCUGCUCCAGAAAACUCACUAUGAGCGGUAAAGUGAGAGACCGCAAGGAGCAGAGACCUUUUGGUCAUGGCACUUUCUUCCAAAAUUUCCUCCUGGAAUGGGGACGGGACUGUUGGGUCUUUGAGAAGUCUAGUAAAAGCCAGGCUUUGGGAGCCGUUGGGCUAGCAUUAAAUGCAGUUCUUCCCUGGGUUAUUUUAUGCGCCGGUAAUGUUAUUUUAAGGUUUAACGUUGGGGCAAAUCUUCAUAGCUUGCUGUGAAUGUACGAUGGCUCACCAGGAACUUGAAAACCUGCUGUUUAGAAUGAAAGCGGGAAGGAGUUGUCUCGCGCACCUGGCAGGCCAUAAUAUGUGACUGGUGGGCUGCAUAUGGCUCGGUAGUUCAUGGCUGUGUUUUGGUUUUUUCUACUCUCUUUUAAUGUUUGCAUUAUUUGGGGGCAGGGGGGAGUGACGAAGAAUGCAGUCGACAGCAUCCCAUUGUAGCAGCAUACCAUGAAACUGUUCCUAAAUGAGCUAAACAUGAGACUAGGGAAACCCAGCCAGAUGGGCGGGUAUAAAUAAUAAAACAACAGCAGCAGCAGCAGCAACAACAACAAUUAUUAUUAUUAUUAUUAGCGUAAAAAUUUAAGAAUUGCCCUUCUGGAUCAGGCCAGCUACCUGAACCAUGUAGUUUCCCACCUUCAAUCUGACUCAUCAGAAACUCAAAACUAAACAGACUGAAGGUGGAGAUACACAUAACAUUCCCCCUCCCCAAGUAGUGGCGUCAGUUUGGAAGUGUCCUUGCUGCAUUCAGCGCAAAAGGAACUUUUCUGUUCAAGGUCAAGUCCUGAAGGGAGAUGAGCAGGAACCACAAUUCUGCAAACUGACAGCAGAAGCUCUGAUUGGCUGGCACCCAUGAUGUCAUCAAGAAACCUCUUCUUCUCCAAUCCCCAGAGCAGUUUUGAGCUUUUUAAAGUUUUGGUGUUUUUUUUUAAAAAAUCACUGCAAUGACAGAUGAUAGGAGAAUAAGUUGUCUGCUGGCAUUUUCAUCUUAUUCUGAUUGUGAAGCCAAGAGGAAGCUGUUUGUGUGGGGGGGGGGGCACUAUUGAAAGAGUUUAAUAGUAUGCCUGUCUCCUCAAUGACGAUGUGGGUUUUCUAGAAAAUGUUGAAUUGGAAAAAUUUAGGGUAGUUUGCAUUGGGGAAUCGUUUGAUGUCCUGGAGAAUGAUCUAAUUUAGCAUGAUUGUUUUCCUUGUUUUAGCAGCCAAAGCUAAAAGCUUUGAAACUGCCAAGGCGGCCUAACACUGCAUUUGUAAUUGGAAUUCAUUGUUACUAAUGAACUUAUGAAAUUGGAAAAAAUUUCUACCUCAGAUCACUGCUCAACAUUUGCCCUGCUAAUUUAGUUUGGAACAUGUGCUCUAAUUGUCUUUAUUAUCUAGGGAGAGUUGGCUAAUCAGACUGUUUUCUGGUAUCUGUCCUUAAUCACUGCCCCUAUUUUGUCCCUGCUUUCUUUUAGAGGGAUUUUUUAAGGGGCGUUUUUGACAUGCAAUGCAUACAUGUGCCCUGGUAUUCACUAACUUCCCUUCUGCAUCCCCCUCCCUGUAACUGCCUAUCCAGAAAGCAAAUGUUGCUGGUAUGCUGUAAUAUUUAACAACCAGAUCCACUGUGGGAAUAAAUGUUCUAUCAAACAUUUUAAAUUUUUUAAAAAAUAAAUAGGAAAACUAGCAACGCAAGCCUAUGAAAGUUGGAAGAAAGUCCCUUGGAAGAAUUCCCAUUGUGCUCAGUUUGGCCUACACUCAAGUAUGCGUGUGUUGGAUUGCAACCUCAGUUUAACACAACUGCUUCAAAAGCCAGCUCAGGAUAGAGGGGAUAAAUGGAUACUGUACAGUAGUGUUCAACAGCGUGUCAGGAUGUGUGUGAGACAGACAAACUAAGGCAGUGAUAACUGAUGUAAGAAUAGGCAUCCCUCUGUCUCCGGAGACAAUGGGAGAGGCAAACCACUGGAAGUCAAGUCACCGGAGAGCUACAGUGCCUGCUGUGGCUGUAGAGACCAAUACAGGAGAGACAUGUUUUGUUGCAGGUGGGGCAGUUGUAGGUGUCUGGUUGUGCUGCUGCAGGUGUACCAUGGCACUGCUUCUUUCUGCACUCCUCCCAGCAGUCAUUCCUCCUCUGGUCACUGCUGUGGGUACACAACCUGACUUGCUGUUUCCAAGCGCUGCGGUCAUCUACAAGGAAUUCCUAUGUAUAUUAUAUUGCUGGCAUCCAUCUGUCUCAAGAGACAAUGGAGUGACGUCAAACCACUGUGUUAGCGGCACUGAAGUGACCCCUCUGGGGCGCAAGCCUUGGCAGUGUGUCUGGAGGUCCUGGGCUGCCCAGACAAGAAGACCUCUCAGCCUCACUGAUGUGGUCCAAAAGAAAGCAGAACAAUACGUUUGGCACCAGCUUGGCUGCAGGAGUUGCCAGAAGGAGGCGUAUAUCCCACCACUUUAUGGAGUAGGGUUUACUCCAUCGCCUUUUCUUCCCCCAAUAGCCCACAAAGUGGUGGAGGUUUAGGAUCAGAAUUUUCCUUCUCCUAGAUGGGCUGCUUUCUAAGGUUGACAAGCCCCACCUGCCUCACACUUCCCUCCACAACUUGUGUGGAAACCACCUUCUUGACUCAACAGGCAUCCCCAAACUUCAGCCCUCCAGAUGUUUUGGACUACAAUUCCCAUCAUCCCUGACCACUGGUCCUGUUAGCUACGGAUCAUGGGAGUUGUAGGCCAAAACAUCUGGAGGGUCGCAGUUUGGGGAUGCCUGUUCUUGACCAUUGGACCCACGAUUAGUCCCGUCUGCUCAAUCCACCAUAGCCAGUCUUUGCUUGCAGGGGAAGCCCCUAACUCACCGAGGGUUUGCUGGGAUGUAGAUAAAUACAUAUACAUACUAGCAGUUCAAAAGCGCACCAGUGCAAGUAGAUAAAUAGUUACCACUGCAGCGGCAAGGUAAACAGCUUUUCCGUGCGCUCUGGUUUCCGCCACAGUGUCCCGUUGUGCCAGAAGCAGUUUAGCCAUCCUGGCCACAUGACCCGAAAGCUGUCUGCGGACAAACGCCGGCUCCCUCGGCCUGAAAGCGAAAUGAGUGCCGCAACCCCAUAGUCGCCUUUGACUGGACUUAACCGCCCAGGGGCCCUUUACCUUUUACCUUACAUAUACAAGAGUGUCCUCACUUGAAUCUGAAAUCUCAGACAGUCUGGUGGCUUCACGGUUCCCUUCCCUGUGUUCACUGCAGAUGUCAUGGUCCCCUCAGUACCGGAGUUCAAAAUUCCGCCAUGUUUACGGCAAGGCAGCCAGCAAGGAGAAGUGCUAUGACUGUGUGCCUAUCACCCGCAGUGUUCACGACAAUCACUUCUGCGCUGUGAACCCGCAUUUCGUUGCUGUUGUGACCGAAUGUGCCGGUGGAGGAGCCUUUAUUGUAAUACCAGUAAAUCAGACAGGAAAACUUGACCCGCAUUACCCUCGCAUCUGUGGGCACAAAGGGAAUGUUUUAGACAUCAAGUGGAACCCUUUCGACGACUUUGUAAUAGCCUCGUGCUCUGAAGAUACCACUGUUAAAGUCUGGAACAUUCCUCACCACUUACUCACAAAAAGCAUCACAGAUGCACAGAAGGAGCUCAUUGGUCAUUCGCGGAGGGUGGGACUCAUCGAAUGGCACCCAACCGCAAGCAACAUCCUUUUCAGCACUGGCUAUGAUUACAAAAUCAUGAUAUGGAACCUUGACACCAAAGAGUCUGUAAUUCAGACCCCGGUGAAGACAAUCCACUUCCACACGGACGUCAUUCUUUCCAUGUCGUUCAACACAGAUGGGAGCCUCUUAGCCACGGCCUGCAGGGACAGGAGAAUAAGGGUCAUUGACCCACGAGCAGGAACUGUCUUACAGGAAGCAAACAACAAGUCUCACAGAGUGAAUAAAGUUUUGUUUCUAGGAAACAUGAAAAAGCUGCUCUCCACGGGGACAUCCAGGUGGAACAACAGGCAAAUUGCACUAUGGGAUCAGGGUGACCUUUCCGUGCCUUUAGUAGAGGAGGAUGUGGACGGUUCCUCGGGUCUCUUGUUUCCUUUCUAUGACUCGGACACGCACAUGCUGUAUGUACUGGGCAAGGGCGACGGAAACAUCAGGUACUACGAGAUCAGUUCGGAGAAGCCAUACCUAAAUUACCUGAUGGAAUACCGCUCUCCUUUGCCCCAGAAAGGAAUCGGUUUCAUGCCAAAGAGGGGUCUUGAUGUCUCUUCCUGCGAGAUAUUCCGAUUCUACAAACUGAUCCCGGCCAAGUACCUGAUAGAGCCGGUGUCUAUGAUAGUUCCGCGUCGGUCUGAAUCGUACCAGGAAGACAUCUACCCGAUGACAGCUGGAGCCCAGCCAGCCCUGACGGCACAAGAAUGGCUAAGCGGCAGUAAUAAAGGCCCCAUCUUGAUGUCUCUGAGACCAGGCUCCGUCAUCUUGAACUCUUUGCCGCCACUCCCUGCAAAGGAGGCAACGCUGGAAGCCACGGAGCCUGCCCAGCUCCGGGCCAGGGUGGCAGACAUCACUGAAAAGCCAAGCAGGGUGCAAGAGAGAUGGGGGUACUGGAAGGCCGAGGAGAGAGGGCCAGAAGACAGGAAAAUCGGGCUGUCAAACGGCUUUGAUGUUUUUGAGUGUCCUCCGCCCAAAACAGAAAACGAGCUGCUGCAGAUGUUUUACCGGCAGCAGGAAGAAAUCCGGAGGCUCCGCGAAGUGAUGAUUCAGCGGGACGUGCAGAUCAAACAGCUGGAGCUGGAGAUCAAAAACCUUCACAUGGAUUCAGGCAGGUUCUGACAGGACGUCCCUUGGCAGCCUUUGGAAGGCAGUUCAACUCCAGGACAAUGGUUGCCUCCAAGUACUACUGUGGGGAGAUUUUGCAUUAGAAGGACUUGAGACCUUAUAGGCAACUCAUUGCCUGCCUCAAGUGCCCAUUUUCUGGAAGGCAGAGGCCGCUGGGAUUCUUACGGGUGCUUUGUUUACUAGCCACCUUCUUCGAACCAGAGAGCAAACUGGUUUGAAAGUGGCCCUAGAGUCACUCUGGGAAGUCUCAGUGGUGAAGGCAGAGGCUCCAGCAGCUCCCCUGUGUGCCCGGUACUUCACUGAGGACCAGUGAGGGCAUCUUCCAAGUCCCCGGUGCCCAUCUGAGCUUGGCCAUGUGGUGGUUUUGACUCGUCCAGGCUGUCCAGCAACGAACUGUUGCAACAUGAAGGUGAAGUGGCUCAGGACUCUUCCCUGUUCCCUCCCCGGAGCUGAACAGAGCAGGCUAAUUCUACACCGAAUUACUUUUGUCUCUCUUGUGGUCAAUGAUAGUUGGGGGGGGGCAUGUCUAAGUCCACUUCCCUUAGUUUUAUGGGUUUUCCUUUGCAAAUAUGGUUGCGCUCAAGAGGUAAGGAGCAAAGAAACGGGAGUCUUUAAUCAGUUAGUAAAGGCAAAAUCAGGAAUGUAGGUUUCUUUGGUUAUAAAGGGGAACUUAUUUCAAAAGCCAAGCUUUUGAAAGGGAUGUUUCAUUCUUGAGCCUUGUGAAGCAGACCAGGUUGCAACCAGAGCAUAUCUGCAGCAUACACAGUCAUCUUCCAACUUCACCCAUAAUAUUUCCCCAGGAGCACUUCAUGCCUUAAACCAACAAUAGUCUGAGGACCAAUUCUCUGAACUGGCUUCCUUCCAGUUGCCUCAAAUUAAAGCUUCCACUAGUUGCUUCUAACCUCGGUCACUGUUCCACUGAAUAUUGUUGCCAGAAUUAACAUGGGACAUUGCAGGGCAGUGUCCAGAAAGGAGUUCAGACAUCCAAUUUCCAGCUCAUCUUAUAGAAUAUUCCGUCCUUCCCCAUUUCAUCUGGUUCAGAGCCUGUUUCUAUGAUUACUUGCUUUUGCAAAAUCACAAGGCUCUUCUUUCAAACGGUUUCCCAUCUUCUGCUCCGUUACCUAUGACCAAUGCUUUGCCUAAUCUUCCAUUGCCUGCUGAUUCCCACACAAGUCUAUGCAAAACACUGCCACCCACGUAAUUCUCCUUCCUGGUCUCGGGCCUGACCACCUGAAAUAUCCAAAGACUGUGAAGCCCUGGGACAGCGAAGGGAUGAGUCUUUGGGAGCUGGGGGGGGGUGAGUCUUCUGGCGGGAUACCUUUAAAGCACUUCUCCUUAAGUCCUGAAAGUUAAGACCUGUUGCUGAAAAACAAAAAAUGGUUGGGCUCCUGCGAUGUCAGGAGCUGGGGCUUGAAGAAACGCAAGCAGCCCUGCUCAUAAUAAAAUCAUUUUAAAAAACCCAUUGCCCUGGCUACUUCGGGAAAACUCAAGAGUUGUUCAGGAGCGAGAGCAAGGGCAAUUCACUGAGGAGCACCCCCUAGUCUGGUCAAUGUAACACCUCUGGUGUCGGGGGUUAAGUAAGGCUGGGCCUACAGUGCUCACAUUUUUCUAUCUAGAGCUAGAUUUCCCCCUUCAUUCACUUUCCUCAUAGCUUCUCAGAAAGACCAAUAAUUACCAGUUCAAAAAUCACUCCAAAGGCCUGCUUUUAAUUGCAGCAAUCCCCAAUGGCUUGAUAAAACUGUGCCCAGGCAUGCCUCUCCCCAUUUUGCUUUUUUUAAAAAAACCUUAGCAUUAGAUCUGCCAGUGCUUGUUGCUGGGAGUAACGCCUCUCAUACCCUACCUAUAGAAGCAACAGCACAGUUUUGCCUGGAUUGCACCAUUCGGAUUAUUGGGAAGAGGGUUGGAUAGUUCCUGUGCAUACAAAGUUAUCAUAUCGAGAAUCCAGGCUAGCUUUCUCUUGGACAGAACUCCUCCUUUUCUAUGUGCAUAUGCUUAUGUAGGGAGAGCAUUCAGGCGAUUCCCCCACUUCAGUCUGAAGUGGUACAAGCCCAGAAAAGCUGUAUUAAUUGUGGCUUUGCUACUCUGGUGGUCAGAACAGCGCAAGAGGAAUCAUGAAACCUGUAGGAAACUCAACCUUACUUGGAUACUUUUACACUUUUAAACUCACCUCUGAAUAUUAAAGAGUAUUUUAUACCCAUUGCUCGUGGACUUUUAUCCAAUCCUUUUAAAAAACUAGUGUCUCCACGCAUUAUUCCAGAUGGCUGUGAUCUAUUAGGAACUUUUAAUAGUCAUGGUGGCUGUCCAUUGGACAGUCUAGAUCAUGUUGUCUCCCAAAUGUGACUAGCUAUUAUGUUCGCAAUCAGGGCACAAUGGUGAUAUCCACCCUCUACCGCUAAUCUCAAGAGAUUUUCUCUCUCUUGCCCACUGCCCCUAAAAAAAGCCGAGUGAUCAGUUUUAUCUAGCUGUUGCUAACAGUUUAUUGUUGCAGUCCAACAGCAUGAGACUGCUGUGUAGCCUUUUUGCUGGUUGGCAAGGGGGACUGAAUCCAGGUUCCUGUUCCCUUAUCCCAAGCAACUGAUGAGCAGGGAUCCAGCAUUUAUUUUUCACACACACACCAGGAUGGGACUAGGGCACCAUCCAUGCAGAAUCCGUUGGCACAGGCUUAUACCUCCAUGUAAGGAUACAUGUGCAGAUAGUCUCAAUCAGGAUGGAGAAAAAUGACACCUUGUGAUUGUUAGUCAUACUUAGGGUAAACUCAUUCAUAUAAAUGGACAAGUCAAUUAAUUCCAGUGGGUCUACCCUGAUUAUGACUAAUGCUGGCUACCACCCCCUGCAAUUUGUGGGAUUGCUCUCUUUCCUUGUUUACAAUGCAGAAUAAAUUAUUUAAAGUAGUAGUCAGCUAAAGCAAAGGGAAAGUUAAGUUUCAAAAUGCAUUUUUAAAGUGUACCUUUAAAUUAUUUUUUGCUUGUUUUUAUGCAUUUUAUCUGAUCAACAGACAGCAAUGUUAGCCAUUUAUCAAGGGGAUUCCUCAAUCCUAAAUCUACUUGAAAAAAAAUUACUGCAUUAUGUUUACUGAUAACCUUUCAGAAAAUGAGUAAUUCAGCACUUGAAAGUUAUUUUUUAACGUAUCACUUCUCUGUUCUAUGUAAACCUUGGAGAUAGUACAUUUCAAAGCAACGCUUUACUCAUGUAUGUUGGAGAGAAAUGAAAAGAAAAUAUCUAUACAGUAAUAGCAAACUGGUUACGCUUUAUUAAACAGUGCCUAACUAUA